AUGUGGAUGAAUAAAUUCAAUUUUCAUUUAUCUAAGAUAAGAUUAUUACAGGAAACACCAUUGUCAAUAACGAAAAAUACUGGUCUAAAGUCAAUUAAAUGGCUUAGUCCAAUUAGGAGUGUUCAAACAAAUAUAGAUUGUAGUUCCUUUGUGCCAUUUUCUUUGAAGCAAAGAAAUGACCAAAAAUCACGUAACAAAUAUAAAUAUACCAAAUGGUUUGGUAAAGGUUUAUUAACUUUAUUAGUACCAUAUACAGGCUAUGCAAUUUAUGUUACUCUUUCUACAGCAAAGGAGAUAGAAUAUAGACGUCAAAAAUGUGAUAGUUUGAUUUCUAAUAGAGGAUCUUUAAGAGACACAGAGACAACCUUGAUAAAGUAUUCCCCAUUACAGGUCCUCGGGAGAUACGAAAAUCCAUUUGUAGAGUAUAGAAUCCAAACCAUACACGAAUUCUUCUUUAACAGAAUAAUAGAAUUAUUUGAAAGAAAUAGGGGUGGUAUCCCACCUGAUAAGAGACAAAUGAACAAAUUAAUGCCUGUUCAUAAACCCCAUUGGACUAAGUCUGAUAAUUCAGAUGGAAAUUUGUCAAUGGAGAAAGAUUGUAUUAUAAAUUAUAAAAUAUUGGAUCAGCAGGAGACGAAAACUAUGUUUUCAAAGGGGAAGAACCAAAAUAAUGGUGGAAGACAACCCCUUUUAGAAAAUGUUGAUAAAAAUUCAAUACCUAUAUAUAGCACUUGGUUGGGUCAAUCAUGUAAUUAUAUUGAAUAUAAUAAUCUUAAGAUCUUAACAGAUCCUCUUUUUAGUGAUUUUUUAAUUCAUGAAACUUUAGGUCCUAAAAGAAUAACAGGUAUUCCAUGUACAAUUGAAGACAUUCCACAACCAGAUAUCAUUCUUGUGUCACAUAAUCAUCCUGAUCAUUUGGAUUUGAAAAGCUUAAACCAUUGGAAAAAUGUAGAUGACACAUUAUGGAUUAUACCAAAGGGUAUGAACAAAUUUUUCAUGAAAAAUAAUGUUAAAAAUUUUAUUGAGUUAUCAUGGUGGGAGACAUGUCAACUAGAAACUCAGAAUGGUAAUACAUAUAAUAUUACAUCUACUCCAGCAAUGCAUUGGUCAGGAAGAUCUAUUUUAGAUACAAAUGAAAGUCUUUGGUGCUCAUUUAUGCUAACACAUAAGAACAAGCCAAUUCUUUUUCAUGCAGGUGACACUGGAUAUGUUAAAGAUCUUUACGUUAGAAUAAAAAAGGCAUUUGGUGGAGGCUGCAGAUUAGCUUUAUUACCCUGUGGACAAUACUGUCCAGAAUGGCAUCAAAAACCAAGACAUAUUAAUCCUCAAGAAGUUAUUAAAAUUAUGUAUGAUAUGGAUAUUGAAAAUGUUUUGGGAGUACACUGGGGUACGUUUGUAUUAAGCGGUGAAUACUUUUUAGAACCUAAGGAAAGAUUAGAAAGGUUAGCCGAAUUCAAAGGUGUAAGAGAUAGAUGUUACUGCCCUGAGUUAGGAAGAACAGAGAAAUUUUAA